AUGUCUGCAAUCAUUUUUAUUUUACAGCUCAUAUUGGCUGGUAUCAUGCUGCCUCUCUAUAUUCUUCAAUACCUUGGAAUCUGGGGUUCAAUAGUAAAGAAAAUAUUUCCCUUGUUUAUAUCCAAAUUCACAGUAUCAUACAACAAGUUGAUGGAGGAACAGAAGAGGAAUCUAUUUAGCAACCUAUCUGACUUUGCAGGCUCCUCUAAAGAGCUCAGGCUUCUAGAGGUUGGUUGUGGCACAGGUGCCAACUUUAAAUUCUACCCCAGUGGAUGCAGGGUGACCUGCCUGGAUAUCAACCCAAACUUCCAAAAAUUUCUCAGCAAAAGCCAAGCAGAGAACGACCACCUAAAAUAUGAAGGAUUUCUGGUUGCAUCAGCGGACAACAUGACGCCAGUGGCUGAUACCUCAAUGGAUGUGGUUGUAUGUACCCUGUUGGCUUGUUCUCUGCCAAACACACCAGCAGUACUGAAGGAGGUGCAGAGAGUCCUCAGGCCGGUGAGUUUUUUAUUAUCAGAUUCCAUCGGUUAUCAAUCUAGCACGUUAGAAAAAACAAUUAAUACUUGA